UUCACAUAGAAUCAAAAUAAAUGUUUUUUUAAAGUGUGUUUUGGUGUUAGUUUCAUAUGAAUUAGUAGAAUUUUUAUUCCAAAUGUAUAACAUAUAUUGUGAUCAUGAAUAACAAUACUGAGUCUACAUCAAAUAGUAUCAAAUUUGCGCCAAUGCCUAUGUCGGCAUUACUGGCCAAUUUGAUGCCAUUACAGAAUCAAUCUGUUACUCCAGAUUCAAGUUUUACUACUGACGACAGCGAUGAUUCAAUAAGUGAAUCCGUUGCUCCUAAGAAAUGUCAAUUUACAAUAAAAUCUUCCACUCCUCAAGUUACGGCGAACAAAGAAAAUAACUUCCGAGCCUUUGCAUCCGAAAGAAAAAUAACAAAAAAUGACGAUAGUAAAGAAUGUAAUUCCCAAAAUAAAGUUAAGAAUCAGACAUUCUCAGGUAAAGAUUUUAAUCUAUUGCAUGAGGAUCGAAAAUUUACGAAUAAAAACGUAUAUAAUGAAUCCGAGGUAAAAAAGCCCAUUGUUUUGAAGCCCCAGGAUACCAACGUAAAGAUACAGAAUAAUAAAUCCAAUUCAGCCCAUAAAAAAACUCCUGUGAAAACAAAAGUGUCUAAUACCUGUCAAAAAACAGCAACGCCAAAAAUCAAAGCUGGUAUAAGGAAAUUCACGCCAGGCUCGGCAAGACAGAGCCAGAAGAAGACGCCGCAACAGACGGUGAUUCAGAACAGAGAUAAAGUGAGGUGCGAGUUGUUCAGACAUAAUCAGAAGAAGGAAGACCCGCUUCCACCUCCCAAGCCAGCUCCUGCUCCAGUAGUCAUGGUGCCGGUACCAGAAACUCCUCUGAACAGAAAACCCAUGCCUGCUUCCUAUGCUGCCACACCAUCAUAUCCACAGGGUGUGAUUGGAAAUAAUUCCAAAAUACUGUUUAAAACUACGUGCAUAAAAGAUAAAAAAUAUAUGUUUAUUAAGAAACUUGGCACGGGUGGGUCCAGUGAAGUGUAUAAGGUGUUAGAAGUAGGAACAUCCAGUGAAUAUGCUGUAAAAUGUGUCCACUUGGCUAUAGAUCAGGAGUUAGCUCAGGGCUAUAUCAAUGAGGUCCGAUUGCUGAGAGAGCUGCAGAACUCGGACAGAGUCAUCAGGCUCUAUGAUUAUGAGUACGACCGACAGAAUCAGUUCCUCCGUAUGGUGUUGGAGGUUGGUGAAACGGAUCUCUCGUCGUUCCUCCGCGCGCGCGGCUCCGGUCUGCCGCCCGCGCUCGUCCUACACUACUGGGAGGAGAUGCUUCACGCUGUACAUUAUAUACAUGAACAUGGAGUAAUUCACGCGGACCUGAAGCCCGCAAAUUUUUUGUUGGUGUGCGGGCGGUUGAAGUUGAUCGACUUUGGGAUAGCGUCCGCUAUCAGCAGCGACGCGACGAGCGUGGUCCGCGCGCAGGCUGCCGGCACCUACUCCUACAUCAGUCCCGAGGCACUCAUGGGCGGCGCCGGCGGGUACGGGGGCAGCGAAAAUAUUAAGAUCUCUUUCCGGUCGGACGUGUGGUCGCUGGGGUGUAUCUUGUAUAGUAUGGUGUAUGGCCGCACGCCGUUCGGUCACAUUCCUAACCUCGCCAAGCUGACCGCCAUCCUCGACCCCAACCACCGCAUCGACUACCCGCCAGCAGAACAUCUGCCGCAGUCUUUAAUUUCUACCCUGAAGUGGUGUCUCACGUACAACGCGCGGUCCCGUCCGUCCGUGCGCGAGCUGCUGUCCGUCCGACACCUGCAACCGGCGCAGGCUCCGCUGCCGGACUCGUUGCUCCAGCGCCUGAGACAGCACGUGACUCCCGAGGAGUACUCCCUGCUGCAGCGGGCUCAGAUAUGACACAACUGACCAGUGUAAUAAACUCAAUGGACCCGAGGAGUGUAAAUCUCGCCCCUUGACCUGUAUAUAGACUAGCACGGUCUAGUUGUAUAGAUGAAGCGUUAGGCUAAUGUAAAUAUUAAAUUACAAACCGAUGUGUUCCUACCGGAAGUGUUAUGACUCGACAACUUAACAUUCAUUGGGGAAGUGUUAAUAAGGUUCGAACAAAAAUAAUAAUGUAUCUCGUGCAUCGUCUGGGUCGGAAUAACGAGUCUGAUCGCAUAUUUUGUCAAUAUUCUCUUUUUUUAAAUACAUUAAAUACGAACGAGUUUGAAAUGUUAAGUACAUUACAACUAUGAUUUCCCUCAUAAUGCUGUAAAAAAUAAUGUUUUAGUAACAAAUGUAUUGAUUUGGGUUAAAAUAUAUAUGAAAGGAAAGACUUGUGAUUGGGGAAUAAAUAUAUUUAUUAAAAUGCUUUUAAAAAUACAAUAAGAUUUAUUAUAUUGACUCUCAGAAUAAUGUUAAGCGAACAGUUAGUGUAAAGUUAAGCUUACGAUAAAUAAUCAUUAGCUCACAAAAUGUAUGAAAUAAAAUGCAAUAUCCACAUUAAACUAGGUCUCUGUGAAAUGUGUAUUUUAUUAGAAAUCCGUUAAGACCGGGAGCUUCGUAUUCCUCUGCUUGAUUCAGAGGAAAGGAAUUCAUACCCAUUGCAUUAACUCAUUUACCAGUUGGUAAAAACACUUGGCUACGCUUCACGUAGAUGUACGUUUAGGUAAAUCCAAGGACACGUUACACUUGAACGUCCAACGUAACGCCGGCCGUGCAUUCGGAAGUAGCACAACAGCAAACAGUUUCUAAUAAAACA